AUGUCUUCUCAGUCAUUGUGUGCCCCGCCAUCAGCGGCAACUGGCGUCUUUCAAAACUUUUGCAAACUCCCAACCGAACUACGUCUCAAGAUCUGGAACUACAACCUCUCUCCCACCCGCCUCGUCCCUCUCCAAUGCGGCUCCGGCUCUUCAAAGUCACUCUCAUGGACAGGAUGCACUUCACCAGCACCUAUUCCCGCCAACCUACACACAUGUGCCGAGUCGCGGAGUGAAGCUCUAAAACACUAUGGUCUUGGCUUUGGCUUCGCUCGCGGCCCUGGCCAGGUCUUUCUUGAUCCCGAGCGCGAUAUCCUCUAUUUCGGCCCCAGAGAUGGCUACAUGGCCGCAGACUCCCAAUUCCAAACAUGCAUGUCCAUGUGCGAUCCUGAAGAACUGGCUGUUGUCCGCCGUCUGGCGAUAAAUGAUGCUCUUUUUUGGGUUGACGAAAGCUACCGCUCCAUGACCGCCGCCAGCCUCACCGUGGAGCUUCUCAGGCGCAUCAAGGCUCGCAUGUCAGGUCUCGAGGAACUUAUUUUUAUUCCUCGCGCCGAAGAAUCUCCAGAAUCUGCCAACUAUGUCGAACCCACGAUGGUUUAUGUCCGCAUGGCUCGUCAAAUCCAGACUGCUAUCAACACUCUUUCCCAACAAACACCGGGCUGGACUCCACCUUGCUGGAGGAUUCUACCUGUAAGUGCUUUUCAGAGUGUUGGGGCCGUUUGA